CCCGCUGUGUUUCCCUCCAGCUCAGAAGAAGACGGCGGGAAGUAAAUAUGGCGGCUCGCACACAGCGCGCUAAUGCUAGCGCUAACGAUUCAUAAACACAUCAAAAAGCGAAUUAAUCAACCCGGAGUUCAUCAAUACCCCGAUCUAUAAUCCCGCACAGCGCCGCCGGAGCGGCCGCUUCUGCCCGGCGCGGAGGAUCCGAGCUCCUGCACAGAUUUACCAGACAGACCGAGCGGCUAGCGGGACAAUAAAACAGUGAGCAGCCAUGGGUCGCAGGUCCACCUCCUCCACCAAGAGUGGGAAGUUCAUGAACCCCACAGAUCAGGCCCGAAAGGAGGCCAGGAAGAGGGAGUUGAAGAAGAACAAGAAGCAGAGGAUGAUGGUGAGAGCGGCGGUGCUGAAGAUGAAGGACCCCCGCCAGAUCAUCAGAGAUAUGGAGAAACUGGAUGAAAUGGAGUUUAACCCGGUGCAGCAGCCUCUGCUGAACGAUAAGGUUCUGAGAGAUAAGAGGAAGAAGCUCCGCGAGACGUUUGAGAGGAUUGUGCGACUUUAUGAGCGAGAAAAUCCAGAUACUUAUAAAGAACUUCGAAAACUGGAGCUGGAUUAUGAGACCAAACGCGGACAGCUCUCUCUCUACUUUGACUCUGUGAAGAAUGCGGAGUCUGUGGAAGUGGACAGUAUCCCGCUGCCGGAGAUGCCCCAUGCUCCAUCCAGCGUUCUGAUCCAGGACAUUCCACUACCCGGUGCCCAGCCACCCUCCAUUCUGAAAAAGAGCUCAGCCUUUAGUAAAGGAACUGCAUUGUCGUCGGCAGCUGUUGCUGGAGUUCCUCGGUUACCACCUGGACGCAAACCCCCCGGACCACCACCAGGUCCCCCACCACCUCAAGUACUACAGCUGUAUGGCAACCGCAGAGCAGAAGUAGAGCCUGAUCCUGAGCAGAUGGACACAGCGGAGCGAGAAAGUGACAGUGGCUCAGACUUGGGAGAAGAGGAGAGCGAGUCCGAGAGCGAGGGGGAGAGGGAGGAUCUUCUGGAGAAACGAAUCCCAGACCUUCGACACGAAGAGAGAGAGGAUGAACGAGAGAGAGGGCGGACUGUGCGCUUUGCUGACAUGCCCCAGCCCACAAAGAGGAAAAAGAAGAGGGUCGUGAAGAAGACAAAGGCCAUCACUCCUCUACAGGCCAUGAUGUUGCGGAUGGCAGGCCAAUCUGUGCCAGAGGAGGAGGAAGAAGAGGAAGAAGAAGAGUACACAGAAAGUGAGCAGUCGGAUGAGGAAGAGACAGGCCCCCCUGGAGACAUUCAGGCUCCCCAUGCUCUGCAAAGACCUCCACCUUCAUCUCUACCAAUGGGAGCACAGCAGCCACCUCCUCACAUGCAAGGUCCACCAAUUACAGGCCCUCCUCCUUUGGGACCACCUCCGGCUCCUCCAAUGCGGCCACCAGGACCUCCCUCAGGACUGCCGCCAGGACCACCUCCUGGUGCUCCUCCAUUCCUGAGGCCCCCUGGUAUGCCAGGGGCUCUGAGAGGGCCAAUGCCUCGGAUGCUGCCCCCCGGACCCCCACCUGGUCGUCCUCCAGGACCUCCACCUGGCCCACCACCUGGCAUGCCCCCAGGUCCCCCACCCAGAGGACCCCCUCCAAGACUGCCACCCCCUGCACCACCAGGCAUGCCUCCUCCUCCUCCACGCUCAGGUCCUCCGCGAUUGGCUCCGCCUCUCUCCAUGUUCCCACCCCCUCUGAACCCCAGUGUGCUCAGUGCUCCCCCCAGCAUUGUUCCCCGCCAGAAACCGCCUGCCUCCUCCCGCGAGACCUCCCACAACACGAACCCCGUUCUUCCCCCUCCCUCUCUCCCCAUAUCUAUACGCCCCUCGAACAUGCAGGUGCCCCCUCCUCCAGGCACUGCACCCACGCCCCAAAACCCUGCUGGCCACGCCCACACCAUAGAGAAACGAGCCAACAUCACCAGUGUCCCGGCCCACUCGGGGGUGGCCGGCCAAUCGGGCGGUGCCACAAUUUCUGCGAAACCUCAGAUCAUCGCCCCGAAAGCAGAGGUGACGCGCUUCGUCCCCACAGCCCUGAGGGUCCGCAGAGACCGCGCCGGCCAGCCUGGAGCGGCUCCAGAAAGAGGGGGCAGGAGAGAGGAGGAGAGGUUGGGGCAGGGUCAGAAAACCGCUGCCUCCUCAGCCCCUGUCCAGCCUGGUGCAAGCUCUGCCCCCUCAAACAUGAAGACCAAGGACCAGGUUUACGAGGCAUUCAUGAGGGAGAUGGAGGGGCUGCUGUGAGCCGGAGGGGAAGGGGUUAAAGCGAUGGAGCGGUCAGGGCUCUGAUCGGAGCAGAAGGAGGAAAAUUAGACGUUGUUUGUAAAAGGCAUACAUUUAAAGUUAAAUUCUGCAGUUGGGUCUGGAACUCUCCUCCAGGCCUUAGUUUUAUAUUUGGAAUUUGAUUGACAGUUAUGUGUGAAUCUGUGUUCUGGAGCUGAAUCUGUUUGUGUCUCUGAAUAAACUCUCGAACCCUUGAA